AUGGAUCACCUGUCGGUACUGGUGCUGGUGCUGGUGCUGUGGAGCUCAGGACUCGAGGCUGAAGGAGAACACAACUCAACAGAGCCUGGUGAUGUCAGAUUGGUGGGAGGAGACAGUCGCUGUGCAGGAAUACUGGAGCUGAAACUAGAGGGAGAAUGGACACCAGUGACUGAUGUUCCAUAUAUUUCCCGGGGAGCACCACUGUCCUAUCCCUGGACCCUGAAGGAAGCAACAGACUCUGUCAGGCUGGUGGAUGGGACCAGUCUGUGCUCAGGCAGACUGGAGGUGAAGUCUAACCAGAGGUGGUCCUCAGUGUGUGAAGCUGACUUUGACCAGCAGGAUGCAGAGGUGGUCUGUAGGGAGCUUGGCUGUGGGGCUCCUUCAGUCCUCCAGGGGGCGCUCUAUGGAGAAGUGGAGGCUCCAAUGUGGACCAAAGAGUUCCAGUGUGGAGGCCAUGAGUCUGCUCUCCUGGACUGUAGAAGCUCAGGCUCAGAUAGAAACACCUGCUCACCUGGCAAAGCUGUUGGACUCAAAUGCUCAGAGCCUGUCAGGUUGGUGGGAGGAGACUGUCACUGUGCAGGAACACUGGAGGUCAAACGUGAGGGAGAAUGGAGACCAGUGACUGGCUCUGACUCUCCCUGGACCCUGAAGACAGCAGGUGCUGCCUGCAGAGAUCUGGACUGUGGCUCUGCUGUUUCUGUAGGAGAGAGAAAGGAGUCCUCAGCCAGACCUGUGUGGUGGAUCAGGUCUGAAUGUGUUCACUCUGGAUCUGCUCUGAGGGAGUGUGCAACACCAGAUUCCUCUUCCUCUGUCCUGAAUCUCACCUGCUCAGCAGCAGGUUCUUUGGUUGCCACCAUAACAGGCACCAUUGACCUACUGGAUACAACUUUGAUCAGCUCAGCUCAGCCGGGGGCUCGUCAGUAUCUCCACACCCACGUGGCGUCCUUCACCCUGGACAAAUCCUAA